UGAAAUUGGUUUUUUUCCUUUCUUUUCGUUGAAUUUAUCACUUUUCGACGGGAUACCACCAAUGUCAUUGGCCAUUUUGAUAAGGAAACGACAACGACGACGAAGACUAUGGACAGUACAAAUAUCCGUUGGUAUUCACAAACUGAACAAUAUUUGUUAACCAUUAAUCCUGAAGUGAAAACUUGCCUAGACUGCAUUUAUCAUGGAUUUGAAAUAGCAAAGGAACAAGAUUGUAUCGGAAGAAAAAGUGGUUAUUCCAGUGAUUAUGAAUGGUUUAGCUACAAUCAGACAAUAUUCAAAAUGCAUUCAUUUGGUUCAGGAUUAGUACAUAUUGGUGGUGAACCAAAUAAUCAUACAAUGAUUGUAUUAUAUGGACGGAAUAAUUUUAAAUCAUUAAUUGCUGAAUUUGGUUGUUAUCAUUAUUCAAUGGUACCGGUGCCUAUUUAUGAUUCAUUCAAGGGUAGCAUUGUAUUGGAAAUUCUAAAUCAAAUUGAACCAGGUGUCAUUGUUACUGAUUCAAAUGAACGUGCAAAAAAAUUGAUACGUAUUUGUCGUUCAUUUCUACAUACUAUUAUUAUAACAUCGGAAAAUAUUCAUCCGGAAACAUUGACAUAUGGAAAGAAAAUGAAUAUUAAACUUUAUCCAUUCACUGAGAUUGAAGGAUUAGGUUCUUUACAUCCAUCACCGGUUAAUUUGCCAAGGGCCACUGAUUUAGCAUUGGUAAGCUAUACAAGCGGAGCAACUGGUCAACCAAAAGGUGUACUACUGACACAUGGCAAUUUAGUCGCAAAUUGUUCAGCAAUUCUAUAUCAAAUUAAUGGAAAUAUUGAUUUGAAAUUUGAAACAAUGGUAUCCUAUUCAUCCAUAGCACAUUUACGUGAACGUAUCAUUAAACUUUGUAUGUUCUAUUCCGGUGGACGUGUUGGAAUUUAUUUUGGUGAUUUCAAAGAUUUAUCACGUGAUCUACCAAUUUUGGAACCAACUAUUAUGGUUUGUGUACCACGAAUAUUGAAUCGUAUCUAUCAUCGUGUAAUUGGAAAAUUAAAAGGAAAUUGGAUGAAAUCUAGAGUGUUGAAUGUUGCAUUGAAAACAAAAAAUUCAGACACUAUUUUCAAUGAUAAUAUUAAAAAUUCCAUAUGGGAUAAACUUGUAUUCAAAACCGUUCAACAAAUGUUGGGUGGUAAUCUAAAAUUAUUGAUCAGUGGAUCGAAUCAGAUUUCCGAUAUGGUUUUGAAUUUUAUGCGAAAUUCAUUACGAUGUACUGUACUACAAUCAUAUGAAAUAACGGAAUGUUCAUCGUUUGUCACGUUGACCAAAUACAAUGAUCAAUCACAACGACAUCUAGGCAAUCCAAUUGCUUGCUGUGCAAUCAAAUUGAUCGAUGUACCUGAAAUGAAUAUUUGGACUAAAAAUGCCCAUAUGGGAGAGAUUUGUGUCAAAGGUACAAAUGUAUUCUCUGGUUAUUAUAAAGAUUAUGAAUCUUAUAUGCAAAAUGUGGAUGAAGAUGGCUGGUUUCAUACCGGUGAUGUUGGCCAAUUUACAAUGAAUGGUCUAAAAUUUAUGGAUCGACGACGAGAUUUACAAGUAAUCCAAUAUAACAAUAUAAUUCGUUGGGUUGCACCGAAUAAAAUUGAAAACAUUUAUAUACAAAGUAUCUAUGUGGGUCAAUGUUAUGUUGAUAUCGAUAUUGAACGGGGCUGUUUAAUCGCUGUAAUCGUACCCGAUAUUGAUGGCAUUAAUCUAUGGUGUAGUGAAAAUAAUAUGCUAUUAAGUUCAGCUGAAGCUUGUAAAAAUGUGGCAUUCCGUAAUACAUUGAUUAAUGAUAUAAAAAAUAUUGGAAAUCGUGAACGACUUAAAGAAUAUGAACAAGUACAUGAUGUUGUAUUACAUUCAGAUCCAUUUACACAUGAUUCAGGCCUAUUAACACCAACGAUGAAAUUGAAACGUUAUGAAUUAUAUCAUUAUUUUCGUGAUGAAAUUGAUGCCGUCAUAGAAGCACUGUAUAAUGGUAGCCAUUCACAGCAUUAAUUUGUUUUUGUUUUUUUUGUUUUGAGAAUCAUGAAAAAGAAAACAUGAUAUAAUUUAUAAA